UGUGGUCAAGUUCCUCUUUCAUAGACAUGGAUGACUCCCUAUGGGCCAGGACAUAAAAACCACAGAACCAAGUCUUCAUACAGCCAGUGUUCAGGCAAACACAUCACGGGACUAACUUUCACUGAACAGGAGAAGAUAUAAGGCCUUAGUGGGAGUUGGCUGUAAAAGCAAUCACGGACACAGAGUACCCAUGGCAUCGACACACUCUAACCUCUCAAUGGCCACCAACUCGUCAGAAGAUCUAAUGAUCAAUUCUUCCUCAUGUGAUUCCAUCUCCCCCUCGCUGCAUCAGAACAAGCUGAUCCCCACCAUCUACAGUGUCAUCUUUGUCCUUGGUUUCGUGGGCAAUAUCUUGGUGGUGUUCGUGUUAUGUCAAAAGUCCAACCGUAAAACAGUGGCCAACACUUACAUUGUAAACUUGGCCCUCUCAGAUCUGUUGUUCCUGAUCAGCCUGCCUUUCUGGGCAGUCUACUACUCCUUUGACUACAACUGGAUGUUUGGUGGGCUGAUGUGUAAGCUGUGUGGCUGCCUCCUCUCCCUGAACGUCUAUGCCAGCAUCUACUUCAUCACCUGUAUGAGUGUGGACCGAUACAGAGCCAUUGUCUAUCCCCUCCAGUCUCAGUGCAGCAGGAACCUGUGUCGGGCGCGAGUGGUCAGCGGUGUGAUCUGGACCAUCGCCGGCCUCAUGACCAUCCCCACCAUGGCCUUCCGAGACACYUACCACCUGAAGGAGCUGGGGGUCACGGCCUGCGUCCUCAUCUACCCACCUACCCAGCCCUACUGGUUCCCAGGCCUGGCCCUGACCAAGAACAUCCUGGCCUUCUUGGUGCCUUUCACAGUCAUCGCCAGCUGCUACUGCCGCAUCGGGAAGCACCUCCUGGGGGGACAGCCCAGCCUGGACAAGAGUUCCAGCAACCUGGACCGCGUAAUGAAGAUGGUGGUGGCUGUGGUGCUGGCUUUCUUCGUCUGCUGGUUCCCCUUCCACGUGCUGACCUUCCUGGACGUCCUGAGCACCCUGGGGGUGAUGCACAGCUGUUGGGUGCGCCAGGCCAUCAUUACCCUGAUGCCCUUCACCCUAUGCCUGGGCUUCUCCAACAGCGCCAUCAACCCUUUCCUCUACUGCUUUGUGGGGAACCACUUCCGGGAGCAGCUGUGGCGGCUGUACGAGGAGAAGGCUCCCAGGCUGUCCCAAAAGAGAGACUCCAUCAGCACCAGGCUCAGCUCCUUCUCCAGGAAGCUCAGCGACCUCAAGGACACAGGGCCACUGGAGACUCUGGACCAACACAGUAGGGGCCCCUAGUCUAGGGAGGUUACAUGGCAGGACUAUGAGAGGCCUGUCUGUCAGAUGUGUAACAGUUGACACCGGGGAUCCUGACUGACCCCCAGGCCUAGUCUCCAGGGGACGUUAACCCCCCUAUCUACUCCUAAUUAGGGACAACCUGCAGGCUGGACAGAGGGAAUAUAAACAUAGAUUUAAAUGUCAGUUUAACAUCCCAUGCCACCAAGCUCAUGUUAGGGGGAAGGGAUAUUAUAUCACCAAAUCUACAGUAUAUGUGCUGGGUAAACCUGUCAUGUUUUCUGAGAUACACAGGUCACUGUGAUAAUAAGUGUGUGAAAUAUACAACUACAGUGUAUGUGCCUUUGUACUAGUUACAAUAAUGUAAUAUGUGUAUGUUGUUUUUAUUGUAUAUAAGUAACAGAAAUGUCAAUGAACACAGAGCCUUCUAAACGGCAAGAAAAGGUUCAUGCAAACAUCUACUGUCAACUGUAUCAUUUGUGUCUCUUGAACCAUAAUUAACAUUGUAUUGUGUCAAAUGUACAACCCUUAUCAAGAUAUGCUAUGAAUUAUAUGUUUUCCAGUCACUCUUCAUUUGAUAUAACAGAAUAAUGAAAGCCAGACAGUAAUGGUAGUCUUCUUAGUGUGAAAACAAAACAUAUAUUCAGUUGCGGCCAUGCUCAAGUUGAACAUGGGAAAGCCAGGAGUUGAGUUUUCAUCACAUUGUAGCAAUUUGAACAUGCAUUUGAUUGUUUGUCAUACAAUCAAAACUUGCUGUUUUUUUUCUCCUGACAUUUCUGUUUGCAACAGUAAUGGAGACAAGGACAUAGACUGAGUAACAAGCAUUGAUAUAGGCAGUUCUACUGCCACUYUGUGGCUGGGUUUGAUAACUGCAGGUGCAAAGGAAUUCUCUCUGAUUGAUAAUUGCGUAGUUUUUACUUCAAAUUGUAGUUUUAGUUAUUAAAACUCAUCCAGACCCAUCAUAUUAUCAACUAAUAUGGUCUGAAUAUUACAAUGAACAGAAUAGUGAAAAACAAAUCAAGGUGACGUUCAUGUAAAUACUGGUACUGUACUUCAAUACUGUUUCCUGAAGUGUUUUCCUAAUGACCAGAGAGUACAGAUGUAGGAUCUUAAUUGGAUCACCGUGUUGCAUGAGAAUGUAUAGUGUAUUGGACAUAUUUGAGGUUUAAGAAGGCUUCUGAAGUUUGUAAUUUCCACUUUGAAAUUUCAGAUUGAUUUUCCCUUUCWAAAAAUGUGUCAACCCCUGCAAUCUUCUUUUCAUGAAUUAGAAUUCACAUUUCCUGUUGCUGCAGGAUUAUUUUCCUGCUGUAGCAAACUGGCUCAAAUUAAGAUCCUACAUCUGUAAGCCUAUGUGUGAUCUUUUCUUUCCUCUUAGAAUAUAUCAUUUCCUGUAGAUGCUACCGUACUGUAAAUACUACCAUACCGAUUGUGUGUCAGUGCUGUUCAAAUCAAAUCUUAUUUGUCACAUACACAUGGUUAGCAGAUGUUAAUGCGAGUGUAGCGAAAUGCUUGUGCUUCUAGUUCAGACAAUGCAGUAACAACCAUUCAUAGUGAUGGCAUGCUUCAUUCAGUGUGAUAGAGCAUGUGUCUGUUUACCAUGGAGCUAUCAGCAAGGCCACUACUGAGAGGAUCCUGGKUGCAGUGGGGAAAGAUGGGAGCCAUCUACUCCGAGACAGUGAGAGUGAGGCCAAUACCUACUGCCUAUGUGUUCUGUGAGUACUUGAACAGUAUUGUUGAUCCAUCGUAGGUUUAGUUAUUGCCAUUUUGAUUGACUUUAGCUAUAAAUUCACAUUUGCAUCAAUGCUGUUGUGACGAAAACGCAUCAUUUCUCAGCAAGGCGGGGAUAACAACUUUACAGAAUGAAAACAACAGAUGGAUGAUAUGACAUGCCUUUUUGUAUGACAAAUACGCACCUGUGUUUCCAUCUUUCUGAUUCAUGCUCAUACAGACGGGUUGUUCCAUUUAAUUUGAGUCCAAUUUACACAGACUACCGAAUACCAUAAAUAUUGGACUGUAAUGUACUGUACAGUACGAUUACACUUAAUCACUUUUCAUUGAAUUGCUGUUAUCAUAUUUUUCAGCUAUUUUCACUGAAAGAUGCAAAGAUGUCUAUACCUACAGUGUUCCAAAUCAAGGAGGGGUCCUGGAAAGUUGAGAUGAGAAAAGAGAAAUAAUAAACAUGAUAUCAAUAUCCA